AAGUCUGAAAGAGAAGCAAAGAGAGUUGGGACAGCGACUGCAUUCACAUAAUCACAUCCUACAAGCCCCUGACACUUGAAGAUUCUAAUUGCCAACACAGCCACAGCCUCUUGGGAUAUUCAAGUUUUAUGUAUUCAUCGUAUCUGGUUCUGGCACAGAGAAAGGUUCCAAGGCUAUGGAAGAAGAAAGAGGGAGUCUGGUGCCAAAGAACAAGGAGAACACGAGCUACAUAGCCCUUGAUGGAACAGAAUUGAGGAACUUCAGAUCAUACCUUAGAUGGGUUUACGUGGAUCACUCCAACGUUUACAAAGCUGGUCUCUCUUGGUCCAUCUUCUUCAUCUUGGCCUUCGUUGUGCCUGUUCUGUCACACUUCCUACUUGAUUGUGACACCACCUGCGACCCUGAUCACACUCGACCAUACCACGUACCGGUGCAGAUUUCUCUCUCUGUGUUAGCUACGCUUUCUUACAUCAGCCUCUCAUUUUGGGAUCGUAAAUACGGUUUCAGCAAGUUUCUCUUCCUUGAUAAAUUAAGUGAUGACAGCCUCAAGAUUCAAAAAGGUUAUGCAGAACAGAUGCAGGGAACAAUGAAGCUCAUCUUGCGUUGGGGGCUUCCCUGUUUCAUAGUUGAAUGUGCCUACAAGAUAUGGUGGUACAUCUCGGGAUCACCCCAAAUACCAUAUUAUGGUGAAAUAUACGUGAGCAGCAUCAUUCUGUGCACAUUGGAGCUAUGUUCUUGGCUUUAUAGAACCUCCAUUUUCUUCCUUGUGUGUGUCCUCUUUCGACUUAUCUGCUACCUACAAAUAUUCAGACUUGAUGACUUCGCUCAAGUUUUUCAGCGACAAACUGAGGUGGGGUCAAUCUUGUUGGAGCACCUAAGAAUAAGAAGGAAUUUAAGGAUCAUCAGCCAUCGUUUUCGAUGUUUCAUUUUGGGUUCUCUGAUUUUGGUGACGGCAAGCCAGCUCAUUUUUCUGCUUAUGGUUACAAAACCCCGUGCUGAUGUUGAUGUCCUCAAGGCUGGAGAGCUUGGGUUAGUAUCCAUCACCCUGGUGAGUGGACUAUUCUUACUCUUGAGAAGUGCAACCAAGAUCACACAUAAAGCGCAAUCCAUUACAUGCCUUGCAGCUAAGUGGCACAUAUGUGCCACUAUAAACUCAUUUGACAACAUUGAUGGAGAGACACCAGUUUCAGCCCAAGCAAUAGCUACCAAUAUUAUUAGUUGGGGAUCAUCGGAUGAUGAUGAUGUAGGAGAUGAGGAAGAUGAGGUGGAUAACACCAAAUUGCUGCCAAUUUACACUCAAACCAUCUCUUUUCAUAAGAGGCAGGCUCUAGUGACAUACAUGGAGAACAAUAGAGCAGGAAUCACAGUUUAUGGAUUCAUGCUUGACAGAACUUGGCUCCACUCCAUUUUUGGCAUUCAGUUGGCUCUUUGUCUUUGGCUACUUAACAAGACAGUUGGUAUUUAGAUACAAGGGAACCGCUAUGAUUCUCCUACCUUGUUCAUUAUAUAUUUUCAAUAGUCACCAGUUCAUUUGGAUCUUAUAUUUCUGGUUAUGUUCUAUGAAAUAUAAACCUGCACCACAAAUUGCUAGACUAUUGUAAAUGUGCCCGCAUCUCCGUACUAUUAAACAAUGGCAAGACCUACAUUUUUGCAAUCUGCGCGUCCAAAGUUAGAAGAAAAUUGUUACUUGUGCAGCAUCACAGGGCAUGACAGAAAAAGGGUCAGCCCAGAGCUAGUACAAGAGAUUAUUAUGGGAGUUCAGCUUAUUGUUGAAAGCAAAAUAAUUGUUAAUAUUAUGAUAAAGCGUAUACACAUGCAUAAUGAAUUAUACAGUUAU